AUGAGUUUAGCCACUUUGAUGAGAGAGGAGAAGAGAGUAACAACAUCAUCUUCUCAGGUACAUAAGCCUAAAGAUACAGAUUGGCAAAUGCUUGAUAAAUCAAGGUUUUUCUUCCUCGGCGCAGCUCUCUUCUCCGGUGUCUCCACCGCUCUUUACCCUAUCGUAGUCCUCAAAACAAGGCAACAAGUCUCGCCGACCCGUGUCUCCUGCGCCAACAUUUCUCUGGCGAUCGCUAGACACGAGGGUCUAAGAGGCUUUUACAAGGGGUUUGGAACAUCUUUGCUUGGAACCAUCCCGGCUCGUGCUCUCUACAUGACGGCUCUAGAGAUCACCAAGAGUAGUGUAGGUCAAGCAACAGUUAGGUUAGGAUUUUCGGAUACUACAGCUACGGCUGUUGCCAAUGGCGCAGCCGGUUUGACCUCGGCCAUGGCUGCUCAGGUUGUCUGGACGCCGAUUGAUGUCGUGAGCCAACGGCUUAUGGUCCAAGGCGAUCUCUCCUUGAAUAAGCAUCUUCCUGGAGUGAUAAACUCUUGCAGAUACUCUAAUGGGAUCGAUGCUUUUAGAAAGAUUCUUUACACAGACGGACCAAGAGGCUUCUACAGAGGAUUUGGCAUUUCAAUCUUGACCUACGCACCUUCAAACGCUGUCUGGUGGGCGUCCUAUUCUCUGGCUCAAAGAUCGAUUUGGUCUAGAUUCAAGCGUCCAAAUGGCCAGGAAGAUUCUUGUGGCUCGGUGGUGGUUCAAGCGAUGAGUGCAGCCACAGCAAGCGGUUGCUCGGCUUUAAUAACUAUGCCUAUAGACACAAUCAAGACGCGGUUGCAAGUCUUAGACGCAGAAGAGAACGGGAGGAGACGAGCAAUGACAAUGAUGCAGGCAGUGAAGAGCUUGAUGAGAGAAGGAGGAGGAGUUGGAGCUUGUUACAGAGGGUUAGGACCAAGGUGGGUCUCAAUGUCGAUGUCUGCAACGACAAUGAUCACAACCUACGAGUUCUUAAAGCGCUUGGCCACAAAGAAGCAGAAAUGA